AUGGCGUCGAAAGCGGUGAUUCCACGCUUUCUUCUCCCGCUGCAGGGCCCUCUCUGGCGUGGUGUGCGAAUCCCACUCUCACAGAACAUUCGCAUCCGCUUUGCCUCGACCGACAAGGUGCAAAAGCCCAUGGUGCUUGAGAAGCCGGCCAAGUUCAACCCGCCCUCGCACGGAUCGAGGCUCAAGAAGCAAUCGAUGCCGAAGCACUACGGGCCUGAUUUGACGGCAGCCGAGCUCGCCGCUCAGCACAAGCGGGACUAUCCAGGAUUAAUGGCGCCGCAGGGGAGCUGGUCACAUUGGUUCUGGCAUAGCCGCCUCUUGCAUACCUUCAUUACGAUGGGGACCCUUCUGGCCAUGGGCAUAUACACCUUUUUCAUGAACUAUGCCUACAAUUCGCCCUUCAAAGACCUUGUGCCCCCCUUCUCGGACCUCUGGCAUCAACCGGCCUACUUUUUCACGCAGUGGAAGAAUGUGAUCCUCAUGCACGAAAAGGACAAGGGACUCAAGGCCGUCGAGCAGCGCACGCGCCACGUGGACGACGUCGCCAAACGGCGGUACUACAUGAAGAUGCACGGCAUCGAGGCCAGGGACCCCAUAUCCAUGGUGUUUGGCAAGGACGAGGGCAAGAAAGUGGUGGACGGUGGACCGGCGGCCGAGGGUGGUGAGCAGCGGUCCGAGGUGGAAUCGGAAGAAAAGCCAGGGCAGAGGAAGAAGUGGUUUGGUAUCUUGUAG